AUGGCGGACAACUUGAGUGAAAACGAACAAUCGAUAACAUUAUUGUUAGAUACUGUUGUUAGACGUCCAAAUUUGCAACACUUUGUAAUUUCUGAAAUAGUUCGAGUUCUCGGUGAAACUAAAAAUGAUAUAAAAAGCUUGAAAAGGACGCUACCAUUUUAUAAGCACUUAAACACAUUUGCUGUUACGUCGUUGGAGUGGAGACUUGCUGCCUGUGGUAUUCUAACUGAAGAUGAUAAUGCUAUAUCAGCCAUCUCUCUUUUACUGGAUAAGAUUUUGUUUCAAGUGGUGACUAACUCGGCCAUAGAAUGCGCUGGAUACUGUGCUUAUGUCUGGUUAGAGAGGGUAGAAGCCCAGCACAAGGAACCCAAAGAAAUGUUCAAACUUGAUUUGCCAAAUCCUUUGGAAUAUCUUAAGAAUGAGGAUUCAGCAGAAUUGAGCCGGGCAUCAUCUGUGACUUUGGCAUCAUUUAGUGGACUAAGUAAAGAGCAGAGACAAAUGCUCCUAUCAGAAUUUUCUCUUCUCCUUGAGAGCAUUCCCAGCCAGUUUUAUAUCAGGGUUUUUGUUGGGUUUUUUGUUUUCUUAGAGCUCUAUAGAAGUUUGUCAAACACAAACAAUAUCAGCUGCCUUUCAGAAAUUGAAAAUUGGACUGAUGCAUGGCUACAUUUGCUGACUUCCAGUCUUUUUGGAAAAUUCACGGCUAAGAAUUCACAACCAAAGAUGUCAUUCCAAACAAAAAGAUGUAACUUAUCAGUCCACCAUAUUCUGUGUGGAUUGAUGGUUUCUACAAACUUUUUUAUGCUGAUUAAAUCUCAGCCAUGUACUCAAAGGAAGCUCUUGAAAGGGCUGGAACAAUUAAUAAUAUGUAGUUCUGGAUUUACCUUAACUUGGCUUAACACAAUUAAGUCAUACUUUUAAAAAUCAGAAAGUCUGGAAUUAAAGUAAAGAAUCAGGGACCAAACAGGAAAAAAUGGGAUAACACAGUAGUAUAAGUAAACGUGAAGAAUAGCUCCCUUACACUGUCAAAAUGGCCAAAAGGCUAUGGACAGGAUACCUUUGGGUAACCAAAGAAAAAUCACUUCCUUUGAAUUGAGCAAUAAAUAGACACAGAUACAUUUGCAACGA